UAGGAAUGGGAAUCCUCUACAGGGGACAUGGUACGUUCUAUUUGUGGAUAUGAAUGGAUAACUUGCAACCGAUGUUUUUUUAGGCUAUGCGCAAUUGUGUAAUGAUUGAGGGAUUCUUCAUGAACAACGAAUAAUAUUUUUAAGAUGAAGAAUAUCAUUUGCAUGGACUUUUUUGGUAGUAUGGAUUAAACAAUUUACACUUUCACACUGUUUAAAAUGGCAAGUGCAGACAGUGAAGUGAAAACGUUACUGAACUUUGUAAACUUGGCAUCCAGUGACAUCAAAGCAGCUCUAGACAAAUCAGCCCCUUGCAGGCGCUCUGUGGACCACAGGAAAUACCUGCAGAAACAGCUCAAGCGUUUUUCUCAGAAAUACUCUCGGAUGCCCAGAUGCCACACACACAGGUCCGCGGAGUCUGGCAUCGUCAAAGCCCUGGUGGACAAGUCUAGCGCGUAUUCUUUGGAGACAAUUCACCAGAGCAUGACGCCCAUCAAUGAAAAAGGGGGUUCGGGUGCGCAAGACGAGGUGAACGUAAGGAUGGGUCAGAACCCAAUUGCAGACAGUGCUAACAGCAAGCAAGAUCAGGUACCCAUGAGGAAACGUCAACUCCCUGCAUCGUUUUGGGAGGAACCCCGGUUAGCCCAAACCAAUACAGAACCUUCACUGUAUGGAUUGAAAAAGAGCCAAGGUGUGACCCGAAUCAAUAGGGUUGAAAAAAAAAUCAAAAAUCACCAGGAACCAAAACCGACCUUGUUUCAAUCCAAUCGACUUGGCUCUAUCGAAAACGAACCGCUCAACGUGGACUUGGUCUCUCACAACGUCAGUGUGUGCGGCUGCUGUCCGUUUCAGUACCAUGGACACCACGUCUUCCAGAGUCACAUAGUUGUUCCCCACUCAACUGUGGGACUCUGGGGAAAAGCCUCAGUGGCUGAAAUUGAAACGCCUGAUAUGGCACACGGACAUAAUAACCAAACGCAUGUCGUGGUCAAACCCAUACCGACCAAACCCACGGUCCCCUCAUCGAUUUUCAGCGUGUUUGGCUUCAUUUAAACACAAUUAUGCACGUAUAAAUACAUUUUAAAUAGGCAAUUCUUCAUUUAAAUAAGCAACAAUGAAGAUGUAAAUAUGACUUAGUUGACUUUGCAAUGCCAUAUGUUUUUAUUUAAAACUUGGUAUUUAUCUUUUUUUUAAGAGUAGUCAGUCAUUGGCACUUAAGUCUUUCAGACCAAAUAGGCUAUUUCUGCUCGGAAGACCUGCAACGUUAGCCUACCUACCACUUGGCUUCCAUAGAAUCUAAGAAGAAUUCAUGAUAAAAUCAUAGCACUGUAUAAAACUGAAAAAUGUAGACUAUACUUCAUCAUCCUUCUCUCUCAUUCUAUACUUUACAUGUGUUGGUAUAGGAUUGGAGUGACAUUCGAAGUGGUCCAUUCUUUGAUUAUUUGUGAUCAGCUAUGCUGAAGGAAAGGUCUGCUUGUGUGUUGAUUACUUCAUGGUGUUUGUGUAGGCUAUAUAUUUCUAAAAUACACUGAUUUAAAAACUAAUUGAUUGAAAUGACUUGUUGUAGUUCACUGAUAUUUUUCCACAAAAGGUAAACAGACUGACAGUGACGUUUCCCCUCCAGAAUUUCUGGAUAUUUUCUGUUUGUAAAUAAUACUUGUUAAAUGGAGAAUUUACAUUUAUUUUUUUAAAUAAAAUGCAGAUGUUUCGAUUUUG